AUUCCGUGUAUCAGUAGCUAUCCGUAAAGAUCCCACACAUUGCUUGGAUAUUUUCUCUUACCAUAUGUGCUUCGAAGUUGCUCAGAAGUUUGGCGACCAACCACGGAGCAGAGCUCUAAGCUAUUAAGUUACCUUACAGCUUCAAGUAUACAUUGUAAAGACAGUUAAUUACUGCGCUCUACCUUAUUGCCUACACACGUCACGUUCAUGGGACCCAAAGGGCGGCCGUUUCCUGUUAUAAUGUUGAGAGCAGUGCUGUAGUAUGGGUACAUUGGAGUCUGCCAUCUCAGUGGAUGUAGCCGCGGCUGAGGCCGACGCACCAAGCAUGUUGCCCGUCGACCCCCGCGCCAACGUUGUUUCUCCGUUGCGACCGAGUUCAACAUUAUUAGCAUAUCAACCGAAUGGUUCUAGCAGCCCGAAAACUCCAGCUAAGAUGGGGAAGAGCCAACACCUGGCACAGAUACGCAGCCUUGGCCUGCUGCACGACCUUCAGGAGUACAUCUCAUCUGUGGAGUCCUUAGCAGCCGAACAAAAGCGGGAGCUAGAAAAAGUUCGCGAGGAAAAGCGCGAUAUGGAAAAGUACCUUGCUCGCUCCGAGGCACAUCCCGAGCGCAGCGCCAAUGUGGUUGACUACAGCGGCUCGGAGGUGGCGGACCUGCCGCCCAGGAUGCGGGCUCUGGUGGAGGACAACAGGGGUCUGCGCGAGAUGAUCAAGAAGUACAAGUACCGCACGCAGUCCCUGGAGCACCAGGCCUCGCAGCAGCAGAGCCAGGUGCUGGCGCUGGCGGAGGCGAACGAGCGGCUCAAGCAGUCGCUCGCGGAGUGUUCCCGCACGCCUGCGGAGGUAGAGCGCGAGGAGGCGCUGAAGCGGCAACUGGAGCUCAAGACGCGGCAGCUGGAGAACCUGGAGCACAGCCUGGGUGUGCUACGCGCCAAGGUGGACACUGACUCCAAGCUCUACCGACAGAACCUGGCGGCGGCGGCGCGGGAGAAGGACGCGCUCAAGCGGCAGCUGGUGGCGGCGAAUAAGGCGCUGGAGGACAGGGAGAAGGAGUUGCGGGCGCUCAAUGUGGAGUUGCGGAAGGCCCGCCGAGGUGCGCCGCCCACGCGAGCCGGAGUGGCCGCAGGAAUUUACCUGCCGCCGGGCACCACCGGUGCCGGCGCGGAAGAUGACGAUGGUUCCGCCGCUGCUGCCGCUGCCGGCGGCGGCGGCUCCCCAGCCGCCGACCGCGCCGCCGGCCCGACGGCAGCAGCCCCGCGCGACUCGCCGCGUCGCGACGUGCCUGAGGAGCGAAUCCGCAUCAUGUUGCUUGUCGUACGGGAUGAGAUCCAGGUGCAGGUUCCCGUACCGGUGGAGGUCCCGGUUUACAUCCAUGUGCCGGUUCCUGCAGCGGCCGUUAGCCAGCCGCAGCUGCUGCCGCCUCCCCUCGUACUCCCAACCGUGCGGGAGGAGGAAGAGGAGGAUGGGCAGCAGCAGCAACCUCAGGCGGAGGUUUCUGAAGCUUUUUCGGAACAAGCUGCCCUGGUUUCGGAGCAAGGUCCCUCAGCAGCGGAGUCAUCAGCGGCUCCGGAAGCGGAACCUGCCGCUGCCCCUGCGGGUUUCGGAGUUCCAGAUUCCCUUGCGAUGCAGCUCGACUCCGAAGCUGCUCCGGAACCUAGUUCCAUGGAAAUGGACGCCGAGCCGGAACCGGUCUCGGAGCCAACAUUCGCUGGAAUCGAGCCGGCGACUGACACGGAGACGGACCCUGGUGCUGUGUCGGUUCUUCCAGAGUCUACCUCAGAGGUGGCCCUGGGAGCGGCGGCGCCGGGGGAUUCCGCCGGCGACGGAGGUGCUGAGGACACGGCUGAGGGCGCCGGGCAGCCGCCAGAGCCGGAGCAGCAGCCGCCGCUGGGUGGUGGCGAGGCAACGGAGGCACUUGAAGGGGAGGCCUCCGCUGCCAGCAUGGGGGCUGGGGGCGGCGGCAGCCCCCACACGCAUUCCUCCGCGCCGUUACCGGUGCCGUACUCUCGGGUUGCAGCGCGAGCAAUGGCGACGCGAGUCGGCAGUAUGAGUACCAAACAGCCGCAUCCGCCACAGGGUGGCAGCGGCGGUACGACAGGCGGCCCUGCGGCGGCGCAUCGCAAGGCGAGCAAUGCCUCUAGCUUGGGUAGCGGCGGCAACGGCAGCGGUAAGAGUGCGUCACUCAAGGGGGGUGCCGGUUCAACCUCUCGGAGACAGAUGCAGGCGUAGUAGCGCAGUAGGACGGUAGGGGUCGGACUUGCUUACUGGUAUCUGCUUCGGUGUGGUGGAGAAGAUUGGGUGGAGAAGAUGGAACCCUGGAGCUUACAAGUGUAAAAGACAAAAGGACCGGUGGCAGCACCGCGGCGGUGUUGUUGCCGCUCAGAGCCUUUGGUACGCACGUGUAAUGCGUAAUGCUUCUGGGGCGGAGGCCACGUGAGAUUGGAGGCGAGUUGACAGUACCCGACAGCGCUCGCCUGAAGGGGGGCUCGAGAGCGGUUGACAUGACAUGACAGGUGGGACUGCAUGUGCCGCAGGCAUGCGGUAGGGGCUGGCGCGUUGUAAAGGCAGCGGCUGUGUAAGUAUAUUGCGUAGUACUAUAGUACAAGUUUUGAUCUAACAGUUGGAUAGGGAGGUACGGUGAUAGAACCGGUUGACUAACUUGGCUUGGUUGGUUGGAAGCACACUUGGUGCACAUGUUUGGGGCGCUUGGGUCAAUUUGUGCGACCUGCCCGUACCCUCGUGACUAAACCACCUGGGUACUCAUUUGUCGGUAGUGCGAGCCUGCAUUGGCUGCGAGAUUGCGGGUGCGGAGCAUGGUGAAGACAUAAGGGGUAUGGCAGGAACUACACAGGGCGGUUUGUUGUCGCACUUUCAUGGCAUGCAUGGAUUCAUGAGUCUCUUCUCUGGUGUGCGACGGAGGGGGGCUAAGGCUGUGUGUAUGACACGUGGGUGCAUGUGUGCGUGUGUGACCAGGCAUGUGCGUGUGCGCGUGGUGUCGUAUUCACGGACGAAUGGCGAGGCAAGUACACGGAUGGAUUGCGUCGCGGUAACGACGGGCGCACAGUUUUAUGAUGAUAAGGUGCAGUGAUCCGGGCAUUGCUUGCUUGAAUGCGCUACCGAUAACCCAGCUUAGCUUUACUCCAGUUGGGCGGCUGCCCGAGGAAAGCGAAAUGCAAUGACGUAGACCAAGGAGGGCCAGGAUGGAAGAGGACGUGCGCGGGGCUGCGGACUCUUGCUGUAGACGUGUAGUCUACUGCUGGGUGGCUUUGUUGAAGGUCCCCCCCGUCUGAUAUUUGAUGGUGCAGCCUAGCAUGGCGGCAACCUGAACCACCUCUUGCACCGACGCUGGCGACUGUAAACAGUAAACGAGCUGACUUGCGUACAUGGUAACCGUUGGACGACGGAUUGGAUGUGGG